AGGUCUGAGUGGGUGGGGAGAAGGGUCCUUAAAUGCAUUUCCUCUCGGCUGAUAUUCAUUCCAGGAACCCCAGUCGCAAGGAUAAGCUGAAUCAAAGGCACCAUGUGCAAAAUCAGCGAAAUCGUACAGCGGGCCAGAGCCGCCUUCAACUCAGGCAGGACUCGCUCCCUGCAGUUCCGGAUCCAGCAGCUGGAGGAGCUGCGGCGCAUGAUCAAGGAGCGCCAGAAGGACAUCGCGGUCGCGCUGGCAGCGGACCUCCACAGGAACGAAUGGAAUGCGUACCAAGAGGAGAUAGUGUACAGCCUGGAGGAGGUUGAGCAUGCGAUCAAGAAGCUUCCGGAGUGGGUUUUGGACGAGCCCACAGAGAAGACUGCCCAGACCCAGCAGGAUGAAUGCUACAUCCACUCGGAACCCCUGGGUGUAGCCCUUAUCAUUGGCACCUGGAACUACCCCUUCACCCUCACCAUCCAGCCCAUGGUGGGAGCCAUUGCUGCAGGGAAUGCAGUGGUCAUCAAGCCCUCCGAGGUGAGCGAGAACGUGGCAAACUUGCUGGCCACCAUCAUCCCUCAGUACCUGGACAAGGAUCUGUACCCAGUGAUCAAUGGGGGUGUCCCCGAGACCACGGAGCUGCUCAAGGAAAGAUUCGACUACAUCCUGUACACCGGGAGCACUGGUGUCGGGAAGAUUAUAAUGACUGCCGCGGCCAAGCACCUGACCCCCGUCACACUGGAGCUGGGGGGAAAGAGCCCUUGCUAUGUGGACAAGGAUUGUGAUCUGGACGUUGCUUGCAGACGCAUCGCCUGGGGGAAAUUCAUGAACUCUGGCCAGACCUGUGUGGCCCCCGACUACAUCCUCUGUGAUCCCUCCAUCCAGAACCAAAUUGUGGAGAAGCUCAAAAAGUCCGUGAAAGAGUUCUAUGGGGAAGAUGUCAAGAAGUCUCGUGACUAUGGAAGAAUCGUUAGCUCCCGGCACUUCCAGAGGGUCAUGGGCCUGAUAGAGGGCCAGAAAGUCGCCUAUGGAGGAACUGGGGACGCGGCCACCCGAUACAUAGAGCCCACCAUCCUCACAGACGUGGACCCCCAGUCCCAGGUGAUGCAGGAGGAGAUCUUCGGGCCCAUAAUGCCCAUUGUGUGUGUGCGCAGCCUGGAGGAGGCCAUCCAGUUCAUCAACCAGCGUGAGAAGCCCCUGGCUCUCUACGUGUUCUCCCAAAAUGACAAGGUGAUUAAGAAGAUGAUUGCAGAGACCUCGAGUGGUGGGGUGACAGCCAAUGAUGUCAUAAUCCAUUUGUCCGUGCACUCUCUGCCCUUUGGGGGCGUAGGAAACAGCGGCAUGGGAAGCUACCAUGGCAAACAUAGCUUCCAGACCUUCUCCCACCGCCGCGCUUGCCUGGUGAGGUCUCUGCUGAAGGAGGACCCCCUCAAAGGCAGAUACCCACCAAGCAUGGCUAAGAUGAUGCGUCACUAAAGCUGCUGCACCUGGCCUCCUUGUGCUCUGCCCUCACUCUGCUCUCCAGUCCCUCGGAGAAUUGCUCCUAAAGCCCCCUUUUGCUACUCUGUGGAUCAGUGCACAUGUCCACACCCAUUUGUCCCUAGGCCUCACUUCCCCAAGUCCCCACCCCCUUACUGGA